GACAUCCUCACGUAAUUUUUCAGGGGAUCCCCUCCCACCGAAUGGAAUGGAUUCGAAUAUGUUAAAAGGGGAAAGGGGAAGGGUGGAGAAAGGCGCGUGGCGAGACUCUGGUGCCUAUAUCUCUUAUUAAUUCUUCGGUAUUGUUGGCUUGAUACGGACGCAGAUUCAGACGAAAGCAGACCACCAUGGAUCAAAUGGGCGAGUUGGGAUUCGGUUUUUCGCUCGCAUCUCUGUGGAACAAAACCAACGUACUCGCAGAGGCGAUCGCGGAGUCGAUGUCGGGGACUAGUUGCGGGACGUCGCAUCUUGAGACGGAGUGCCGGGACAAGGCGGCGGCGUUGCGGCUGAAGAGCGUGGCCAUUUUCCUGAUUCUGGUGGCGGGGGCGGCCGGCGUGGCGCUGCCGCUGGUUGGAAGGAAGCGUCGGCUAAUCCCGACGGAAGGCAAUCUCUUCGUCGCUGCGAAGGCGUUCGCGGCCGGCGUCAUCCUAGCCACGGGAUUCGUCCACAUGCUCCCGGACGCCGAGGAGGCGCUAACGGACCCCUGCCUUCCGGAGGUGCCCUGGUCCAAGUUCCCCUUCUCCGGCUUCGUUGCAAUGGCCGCUGCGCUCGCCACGCUCGUCAUCGACUUCAUCGGGACGCAAUACUACGAGCGGAAGCACGCCGCCCGGGAGGACGUUGGCUCUGGUAGUGCCGCGACUCCUCUGCUGGCGGAGGAAGCUGGGAUCGUGGUGGACGACGCGGAGGCGAAGGCUGAGGGUGACGGCUUCGGGGCGGGGCAGGGGAUGCACAUCGUGGGGAUGCACGCACACGCUGCGUCGCACCAGCACAGCCACCCACACGGCCACCACUCCUGCGAGGACCGGACGCAUCCGCACAUGCACAAGCUGGUGGGCCACGCUCAUACGCACGAACAUGGGGAAGCCGACUCACACGUACGCCACAUCGUCGUCUCUCAGGUAUUGGAGCUGGGGAUUGUAUCACAUUCGGUGAUCAUCGGAUUGUCCCUAGGGGUAUCUCAGAGUCCCUGCACCAUCCGACCUCUCAUGGCUGCAUUGUCUUUCCAUCAGUUUUUUGAAGGAUUUGCCCUUGGUGGGUGCAUUUCACAGGCUCAGUUCAAUACAUUGUCUGCUACAAUCAUGGCUUGCUUCUUCGCAAUCACAACUCCAGCGGGGAUCAGUAUCGGCAUAGGGCUGUCAUCCUUUUACAACCCUAACAGUCCUAGGGCACUAGUUGUGGAAGGGAUCUUGGAUUCGGUUUCGGCAGGCAUUUUGAUCUACAUGGCACUGGUAGAUCUGAUAGCUGCGGAUUUUUUGAGCAAGAAAAUGAGCUGCAACACCCGGUUACAAAUUUUGUCUUACUUCACUCUCUUCCUUGGUGCGAGUCUUAUGUCGCUCCUUGCAGUAUGGGCAUGAUUAAAUUCUUUUCUUCUGUUUUUGGGUGAAAGGAGAGAAGGCAUUUCUUCCUUUCAUCUCCUUCUGUAAUUGCAAUGGCAUCUAUAGUUCCUGUAUUUGUUAGAGGAAGUAAAUUGUCAUCAGAAUAGAGUUUCGAAAUA